GACGAGUUGGAACGCGAAUCCCAUUUUGAGUGCGCGUCAAAAUUUUGCUCUGGUUGUUUUCCUAAGUUUUCCAGCCAAUUUUCCAUCCAAAAUGUUCCAAGUGGUUGGCAAAUUGGAGACUCAAAGCGAUAUUUGCAUGGUUUCGGUGAAAACACCGGGCGUGAAGAGGAAAAUAGUACAAAGUGGACAGGACAAUUUCAUCAUAACGCAGAAAGAGAGUCCAAGGAAGAGCACCAUGCCGACUGGUCAGAAGAGCAAUUGGCAGCAGUUGGGAACGAGCAGAGGGUCAAAGUUGAGAGGGCAGAGUGAUGAGCGUGAGAAGACCUUCAAUUGCUUGGUGUGCAACAUCAAAUACGAUGAGAGAAGUCAUCUCCUGUCCCAUCUGAAUGUGGAUCACAACGUGACACUGUACAAGUGCGACUUCUGCGAGGAGAAGUUUGCCGACUCGGCUUUCCGGGAGCGUCACAUCACGAAGGUUCACGUGCGCUUCCCCAUGGAGACGAUUGAGGAGCUGGAGGCUCCUCCGAAUGAGGACGAGAACGAGGAAGCCGACGAGGAGUUGUACGACAAUUUGGACCCGGACGACGAAGAGUGGCGGCCCCGCGGAGAGAUGGAGGAGGAAGAGGAGGAGGAGGAGGUGAGAAAAGUCGUGAAGAGCCCUAAGAAGGUUGUGAGCAGCCCGAAGAACGUCGAGGUGAAGGCCAGACAGGGCUUUGUGGGACGGCCGAAGAUGUUCGGCAACAAGGUGGGACGCCCAACCAAUGCCGCGCUGCUGGAGUGGAGGAAAAGACGUGCUGGCAGUAAGGUGGAGACGCAGCCAAUUGAGGUGAGAAUGGCGGCGGGAUCGGACGACGAGGAGGACGUGGUGGAUCCGUGGUGGGCGAAGCCUAAGGAGGUGCCGGACGAGAGGAAGGUGAUAAAGGAUGUGUUCAAGAUGUGUCACAUCUGUGGCGAGAUGCGAGUCACUCUGGGAUCGCAUCUGCGCAAGGUGCACACGGAGUUCACCAACUGUCCGACCUGCAAUGGGAAGAUCAAGGUGGGCGAGGAGACGCCACAUCGAUGCCCUCGCCGCAGGCCCACCUACACGUGCGCCUGUGGCCUGGAGUACACUGUCCGGGAGCACAUGCACGGCCACAUGCUGGAGAAGGAGUCACCGAAACAUCAGAUUCAGUGUCGCCACUGCAAUCUGACGUUCCGGGACUUCCAGUUGUAUCACGAUCACCAGGAUGCGAGUCAUCCGCUGCCGUUCAUCUGUCACGUGUGCGCGAAGCCCUUCAGCAAGAAGUGCAACCUCAAGUCGCACAUCUACAGCAUUCACGUGAAGGAGAAGCCGCCGAUGAAGUGCAAGAUGUGCGGCGCUGAGUGCCUGGGCGAGCGCAACAUGAAGCGCCACAUCAACCACGUUCAUCGCAAGGCCACGCGCAUCAACUGCUCGAUCUGCAACAUCAGCAUCUUCGACAAGGUGUCCCUCAGGCGCCACAUGAUGUACAAGCACGGCCUGAAGAAGGAGUUUGUCUGCAAUGUGUGCAAGAGGGAGUUCGCCACGGCCGACGCGCUGCGAUAUCACAUCACCACGCACACCGGAGAGCGCCCCUUCCCGUGUCCCUUCUGCCCGAAGGCCUUCAAGAUCAACUCCGAGCUGCGAAAGCACUACAGAGCACACAAGGAGCUCACCAUCAAGUGUCCCUCCUGCAGCGUGUACUGCCUCAAUGCGGAGGAUCUCAAAGCGCAUCUCCGACGCUAUCCCGUGCACGAUGUCAAGUUCUCAGCGGAUGACUAAGAAGUCCCGCACGCAUCAUUAUCACAAAAUGUUCACAGUUUUAAGUUCAGUUCAGAAUAAAGCCAUAGCCAAACGA